AGAGAGCUGGGAAGUUUACAUCAGCUGAAGAGCCUGCCUGCCUGGUGUCGCAGAGGGAACUCGGAAGAGAAAAAUAGAAAUACGGCACAAGAUGGCCCCUGAGGAGGAGCAGCCAGAAGUUGAUUUAGCCACAAAUUAUCCAGAAGUGGUUAUACAAGUAGGAAAAAUAACGUUUGGUGAGAGCCAGAGAAAAAAGAUUUCCAAAAAUAUAAGACAGAAGCAAAAACUUAAGCUUGCCCGUGCAGUGUGUGCUUUGUUAAACUCAGGAGGAGGAGUGGUCAAAGCCGAGAUUGAAAAUGAGGGCUACACCUUACAAGGAAAUAGUGUUGGACUGGAUAUAGAAACUGCUUUUCGGGAUUGCAUUCAGAGCCCAGAUUUGACACAAUAUUUUAACUAUAUGCAGCAAAACAAUUCCUUUUUGAUUUUUGUUAAAUCAUGGAGCAGUAAAAAUUCAUUUGAUGUCUCAGCCCUAAUAAAACCACGUAUUUGCAGCCUGAGCUCUGGUUUGUAUCUGAGAUCUGGCACUUCUGUUGUCAGUAUGAAACCUGGUGAUGCUUUGGAAUUUCUCAAGAAGAAACAAGCCCAUACCACAAGAGAAUUGAAAGAGGAGAGUGGGCCCAGUGCUAAAAAACCCCAGCUGCAUGAUGUGCAGGGAGCAAAGGCAGCUGGCGUGCAGGAGGAGAGAGAUAUAAGCAAUGCGGCCGCACAGUUUUUUGAAAGAGACCGACUGGAGCAUGGAGAGACCCUGAACUUCACAGAAUCGACAGAUGUAGAAUUUAAAGACUUUGCAACUAAGAACAUCUUGCAUUACCUCAAAGACAUAUUGCCAGAUUAUCUCUCUGCAUUUGCAAACACACAAGGAGGGUAUUUAAUAAUUGGAGUGAACGAUAACAGCAUAGUUGUAGGAUGUAGCAAUAAAGAUGUAAAUUCUGACGAUUUAAUAGAAACAAUAGAUGACGCCAGAAAGAAACUGACCCUCUGUCCCGGUCAUAUUGCCAGAGAAAGGGAACAUAAUUUAAAUUACAAACACAAAAUCAUAAAUGUAUACAGUAGAUGUGGAGACCAUUACGGAUAUGUCUGUGCUGUGAGGAUUGAAUCUUUUCAUGGUGCUGUGUUUUCGGAAGCCCCGGAUUCCUGGGUUGUGAAGGGCAACCACAUGGAGAGGCUGUCAGCUGAGGAGUGGUACACCCAGAUGACUGCUGCUGAUCCAGAACUUUCCAAUUUUGCUGAUGCUUUUAAGAAGGAGCUGAGUCUGUCUGAUGGACCUCCCCUCGUCAAACCAGUUUAUUCACACCAGGGGGCUGACAGUCUGGAUGAUAUGCAAAAAUAUCUCUUUCCAGUGGAACCUAACAGGAUAAAAUACACUCCAGAAAACCUCAGCAAUGAGAUUGCCUCCAAGCACCCAGGACUGAUAAAUUCAAUGAAGGAACACACGCAGCUACUUUCUCAUGGGCUAUUGAUAUUUUCCAGAAGCUGGGCUGUUCAGGUUGACUUGCAGGAAAACCCAUAUGUGGUGUGUGAUGCUCUCUUAAUAGCUGUGGACAGUCCUCCAAUACUCUACACAGUCUUUGAGAAUCCCAACUCUGCAGGCAUUUUUGAAUAUUCAAGAUGCACUGCACGCAGGUUAAAGGAAAAACUGGUAAACGUAGGGGGCUACACUGAAAAAGUGUGUGUGAGGCCAAAGCUACUGUGUCUGCAUGGUGACAGUCAUAAAGACCAAGAUGGGAACAUGAACGUGCAGUGUAGGUACCCGACUGAUUACAGUCGCAUCAACAGUGAUAACCUGCAACUUUUACUGCGCUCGCUCACAAUAUUUUUGCUGAGUUUCCCCUCCUUUUUAAGUGACCAGCUUGGCUGUGAGUUUUUCAACCUCCUGACCAUCCGACAGUACGAAUUGCUUUCAAAAAACCUUCAUGUGGCCAAAAAGCUAUUUGUCUAUGGCCUGCCAGGAACAGGGAAAACCAUAGUGGCUCUGAAGAUCAUUGAAAAGAUAAGGAAUGUGUUUAAUUGCAAGCCAGAAGAGAUUCUCUACAUCUGUGAGAACCAGCCUCUGAAAAAUUUUGUGAGUCAGAAAAAUAUUUGCCAGUCUGUGACAAGAGUAACCUUCUUAAAGAUGAACUUUGAAGAAGUGAGACACAUAGUAGUUGAUGAAGCUCAGAAUUUCCGGGCAAAUGAUGGCGCUUGGUUCACAAAGGCUAAACGUAUCACCCAAAGACAUAGUGAGCCUGGUGUAUUCUGGAUCUUCUUGGAUUAUUUACAGAUAAGUCACCCUUUUGCGACUGGUCUUCCACCUGCACGUCAGCAUGAUCCUGUGGAUUCACUAACCAAAGUGGUCCGAAAUGCCAAGGACAUAUACAACAUCAUAAAAAGUCAAAUGGAAGUUAUUGUAAGGGAUAAAACAUUAAGCCAUGUUCCUUAUCAGCGUUUAGAAAAGUUGUUAGACAAAGCCUCAUGUGAUCACCAUCUGCCAGGUUAUACCAUACGAAAAGACUUAAAUAAGAAUGAAAUGGCAAAUUAUGUGGCUAGACAAUGUCUUAGGUAUUUGGAAAAGGGCUACUCAGAGAAAGAGAUUGCUAUUCUGUGCAGCACAGAGAAAGAUAAACCAGACUAUGAGCCCAUAUUAACAAGAGAAAUGAGGAAAUUCAGGCUGAAUAUAGUUUUCCAAACAGCAGAUGAAAUACAAGGAAAGCAUAUUAUUCUUGACAGCAUCCGUCGCUUUUCUGGCCUAGAAAGGAGCAUUGUGUUUGGUGUCAAUCCAGUCCCUUCACAGGAAGAGAUUUCUGCCAACCUUUUACUCUGUGUGGCAUCCAGAGCUAACUUACACCUACAUUUGCUGUUUGAAAAGAUCCCACCAUCUUCCCGAGCAACCCAUUCCAGUGCUUCACCUAGGCCAGUGGUCUCCAACCUUUUUACACCCAAGAUCACUUUUUAAAUGUCAGGACAAGCCAAGAUCUACCCUUAUCGCUUCCCCAAGAUCCUACCCGUUUCAUGAGACCUCGCCCUCUGUUCCCCUUCUCUCCAUCACUUGCUGUCCCUGGCCCUUAUAUGUUCUCAAGGUACAGUUACAUUGCUGCUUUUUUUAAUCCUUCUGUUGGAAGAAAUUUUUCCAACAUUUGGCCCAUCUAGACAGGGCCCAAUGUUAGAAACCCCCUUCCUUUGGAAGCCCCCUCAUUCCUCAUGGAAUAAGGAAUAGAGAGGCUGCCAAAAGAGCAUGUUUGUCAGAAAAACACCUGCAGUCUAGCCGUACCCUCACUG